AUGGUAUCGUUUGUGGAGGAUCUUUGGGCUAGCAUCUUUACCCCGGGUCCCACUCCCACUCUGCUCGUCGCGGCCAACGCCACUUUCGCCGCUCUCCAGCUGGUGCUCUUCCUGCUCCUCCUCGCGACCUACAGCAUCCACUUCGUCGUCCUCUCCGUCCUCUCCGCGUCACUAUGGUGGUCGAUCAACUGGUUUGCUCAGGAAUUGGUAGCGGUGCAGGCACAAGAGGCGGAGAAGGAGAAGACGCAGUCGAAGGAACUGCUCACCGAGGAAGACGACGAUGACAAGAGGAAAUCGGAAGCUAGUCGGAAAACACCGGGAGCGCUGGAUAGCACAGACAGUGACACUGAAACCGAGAGCCUGAUGGAGCGUAAAAUCUCUGCGGUGUCCGCUGCCGCCCCGCCGUCCACCACCACCACCACUGCUGCCACUACGGCGGCUACUCUUCAACCGCCGGAGCAGCAAGGAGGGAUUCGGAAACGGCCUAGCAUGAGCGGAGAGAGCUCCGGCUAUGUGAGCACAGAUAGUGAAUGGGAAAAGGUGGAUGACAAAGCCACUGCUUAG